AUGGCUCUCCAACGGUCUAGCGAUCCUCUAGUCUGGAUUGAUUGUGAGAUGACGGGACUCGACCCGGCAAAUGACCACAUCAUGCAGGUAUGCUGCUACAUCACAGACGCACAGCUCAACCUGCUCGAACCCAAAGGCUUCGAGGUCAUCGUCCACCUCCCGCAGGACAUCCUCGACCGCAUGAAUGCCUGGUGCACUGCCACCCACGGCCGCUCUGGCCUGACUGCCGCUGUGCUCUCAGCCACCACGACAGCCGAAGAGGCAGCGAACGGCCUGCUGGCGUAUAUCAAGCAGCAUGUACCCAAACAAGGUACCGCUCUCCUCGCGGGGAACAGCGUACACGCGGACCGGGCCUUUCUUGCCCAGCCGCCGUACGUACAGGUGCUGGACUGGCUGCACUACCGCAUCCUGGACGUGAGCAGCGUGAAGGAGGCCGUUCGACGUUGGGGCAGCGACGAGAUGCUGCGAGAUGCACCGUCGAAGAAGGGCGUCCAUCUGGCGCGGGAGGACAUCCUGGAGAGCAUCGAGGAGAUAAAGUACUACCGCCAGAAGCUGUUCGCCUCGUAG